GCUCGAUCGCCAACAGAUCUUUUUUUCUUUUUUCCAAGGAGACGCUGACAGUCACUCACGUUCACACACACGUCCACGCACAUACUUCGUCACUCACUAAUGAAGAAAACGCUCGAUUUCAAGCCUGAGCAAUUAACGCGUACUAGUACUUGAAUGCUGCAGGCCCCUAUCUCGAUCGCCGAUGGUGCGAUAAAAUAUGAAACUCCACGUCGCCAGCUUCGUUUUCGAAAGAAACAGUAGCGAGUCAAGAAAUCUGUGCAGACAGCCGUAAUUCGACACUAUCAUUUACCCGUGUCACACGGGCGUGUCACACGGGUACAAUAUCGACAACUGAAGCUUCGCAAUGCAGAACUUGGGAAACGAAGAAAGCGAGACCACAGAUGGUCCCAUACAAGAGACGCCUGCACACAGGCGCAUUCUUCCCCAUGAUUUCCCUAGUGUCCCUAGCACUUUCUUAAUGUGUAAACAACGUUGGCGCCAAUCGCGCCGGCAACGCCUUCUCUUGCAUUUUCUUUUGUCUGUCAUUCUGGUUUCAUCCUGGGAGCUACUACCUGAAAACAUUUGCACCGGUUUGCGCGCUGCUCUGCAUUCUCCGCCUCGCUACUCGGGUCGGAACUCGUGACGGCUGAUACAGCCAAGAAUAGGGGCCCUUUCCAGUACCAUAGCAUCGGCCAUGUCUGCAGACCUGACUGUGGCGCUUUCUGCAUUCUCUGUUGACCUCUACAAGCAGGUACUUGCUAGGAGUGGCGGAACGAAAAACUUAGUCGUCUCCCCAUUCAGUAUCGCAGCCGCAUUGUCAAUGACACUUGCAGGAGCCAGACAACGCACAGCUGACGAAAUCGCAAAUGUCCUGCAUACAAAAAACAACUUGAUCCACUCGCAGUUCUCCGAAUUCUUUGCCAGAGUUUCAACCUAUUCACCAGAUGUCGUUCUAGAGGUGGCAAAUCGCUUGUAUGCAGAAAGAACUUACGACAUUCUUGAAGAGUACCUUGACACAUUGAAGAAGUUUUAUAAUAGCGCUGUGGUGCCGGUGGAUUUCAAAAACGAAGCUGAAGCAGCAAGGCUUGCCAUCAAUUCUUGGGUAAAAGAAGCAACAAAAUCAAAGAUUGUUGACCUUCUUCCCUCUGGUGCACUGGAUUCUGACUCUGUGGUUGUUUUGGUGAAUGCCAUUUACUUCAAAGGUCUGUGGGAAAAGCAGUUCAACUCUCAAGCAACGGCUCUUAAGAAAUUUCACAUCUCCAAAGAAGCAACAAAAGAAGUUCACAUGAUGUACAAGCAAGCAGAGUUCAAGGUCAACAUGGAAUGUGGCGACUUGAAUGCCGCUGCCGUUGAAAUACCGUACAAAGGUGGCAAGACAUCCAUGGUGAUACUUCUUCCGCAUGAAGUGGAUGGCCUUACACAGCUCGAGGCAGCACUAACUUCAUCGAAGCUGUCGGACAUUGUUAUGGGGUUUGACAGAACUGUCGUUGAACUCAGUCUUCCACGGUUUAAGAUUGAACUGGAUGUGGAUCUCAAGAGUCUGCUUCAAUCAAUGGGUGUGCAAGACUUGUUCUCUCGCAAAGCAGACUUAUCUGGAAUAGGUGGGCAGAAAGACCUUGUAGUCUCCGCUGCACUCCAUAAGGCCUUUGUGGAGGUCAAUGAGGAAGGCACAGAGGCAGCUGCGGCAACAGGGAUGAUGGUGAAGAAAAAGAAAUGUGCUUUUAUUGGUACACUUAGUUUCAUCAUCGACCACCCGUUCAUGUUCAUCAUUAAAAGUCACGACCCAGAUGCUAUUCUCUUCGUUGGCUCAGUGCGAGAUGUGCCUAAUGCAGCCUGACCUUGUAGGACCUUGAUCUUUAAUGUUAAGUAUUUAAAUUAAUAUAUUUAAUUAAUAUUUAGUAGCGUUCAGUUAAAGCGCUCAUUAUUCUCAGUAACUACGAUGCAAAAGGGGCAAAAUCCAUUUGGUCUGUUAUAGCUAAUAAUCGUGCAAUAUUAAUACCCUGCUCUCAUGUGCAUUCGCACUGAUACACAUUGCCUACAGGAAGACAGGUUUCUGUAGUGGGCCUUGAUGCAACAUGAGCUUUGCUGUCUGCAUUGCAUAUUCUAAUACCGAAUGGUUUCCCAUUGGCUAAUUGAAAAACUUUUGUUGUUGGCCAUGCUAGCUAAAGCAAAGGGCUGCUUGGUCUUCAUCCAGAUGCUAGCAUGUACAUAGGCAGUGCCAAAAGUUUAUGGGAUGAGAGACACGAGAAAGAACAAGAUAUUCCCCCGAGUGUGGCAAGCAGCCUGGAUUUAAAAUGUGCUUCAUGUACUAGUGUAUGCGACCAACAUAGUAUUGUGCUGUUUCAAUGGCUGCGAGCUAAAACUGUGUUGAUAUUCUACUUUCUCAUAGAACCCACGUCUUGCAACAUGUUGACCCUGCCUGUACAUUUAAGAUAAACAAAUGCGCUGGCUACAAAUCAGCACAAUUUGUAACUGCUCUGGACAUCAUCUGUUGCAGCUUCAUAGGUUUGUCAUCAGUGCUGUUGUUUGGUGUACACUCGCGUACACUCCGCCCCCGCGGCUAAUAGUGUCGCCCGCACUGGAAUGACGCUAUCAUGAAAGCGCCGGCAGCCGGGAGCGAAUGCUUCGUCUGCCUCUCGCUCGAAUGAGUCACCGAAACUCGAGAUUACGCAACUUUCAAUACUAAACGCGCGGGAAGACAGCUUAAAUGAUGCCAUGCUGUCUUGGCACGCCCAGUCUUUGCACAUGCGGCAGAUUACCUCUAAAGCAGGGUGCGCGGCUGCGCAUGCGCUCAGUCGCACAUACAGUCAUGUGCAGCCGCGGCCGUGAUGCGCGCCAGUAAUCGAGAUGUGCGCCAACUUACCCCCUACUCCGCCCUCUCUCGCGCGCUUGAUCUCGUUACUGUGAGCUCGCUCCACUCCCUCUCUUUCCCUUUGCUCGUGCAGGAAGGCAGCACUUGUGGAGCCACCAUCUUUGUCUCACCCUCGCACAAUUUCACUCGCACCUAAAGCACAAAGUGCACGGGGCACGCACUGUGUGCUUACCGCACUUGGACUUUGUAGGAAGCAUGACGCGGCUCCACUUUGGCGGUCUCUUUUGUUGGGCGGCGCAUGAUUUGAGAGGUGUGUUUGCAAGCAGCCGUUUUUAAUGCAAUCAUUUGACCAUGUGCAUCCGGGGAAGUAUCCAUUUAUUGUCCCGGCAUUCGAUUGUGGCGGCAGUGAAAUUUCGUUAUAUUGUAAUCGCAUACAAACACCCUUCGUUAUAUUGAGGUUCUAAAUACAUGGUAUUCUACGGACUAUAGGUUAUGAGAAGUUUAUUAUAUCGAUAAUUUCAUCAUAUUGAAGUUUGUUAUAUCGGGUUUAACUGUACAUUGAUUCUUUUUGACAGAUUCUGUAGUCCAUGAACUUGAUGCCAACUGGGCAGUCCAUCAUGCUUAUGAUGGCAUUGAAGUGUACUGAAAAUGUCAUUUUUGUAACCUGUACACAUUCUGCUAGAAGAAAACAAGGAAAUAAAUUGAAGCCUUCAUUUGCAGAGCACGGAAGGUCGCUGUAGCAUUCCCUGCUUUACUGAGAAAUCUAGUGCAUUAGCCUUCCAUGCUUGAUGCACAGCCAAGCUGGUCUUCAUAUUUUGAAUCUAGAUUGUUAUUGUGGAUAGUCCGCUGAGAGAUACUGUAACGUUUGCAUCCCUACCUGCAGCAGGAGGACGAAAGCAGGCAAAUAGCUGACACACACUCUGGUGACCAACUGCUUUAUUCAUGUUCGCGUACUUCAGAGACUACACUGCUAGCCAAUGAGUUUGAGCGGUGUCGCCAUCUGUAGUUCUUCUUGAUAAACACUGUGGUCGAACAUGACAGAUAUAUAAACUCGGAGCUCUUCUACAAAUGACACAACACUUAAAAACUGCCCGAGUGUUAUCCCUUUUACCACUGCAUAUACCUACUCUCUCAAUGAUAGCUGUGUUGUAUAGAGAAGCUUGUCUUUAUGUGUUUGAGCAAUUGAUUAAUGUUCCUGAUAUGUUCACUAAUAGACAGUAGACAAGGUACGUCCAGUAAUGUGCAGCAGAGAAUAUAGUGCUUUGUUUUUACUUAUUUAUUGGAAAAACUUCUAGCACUGUGAAUGCAUUAUUGCAGGGUGGAUAUUACAGCAUACAAAAACAAAAGCCAUGCACGUGCAGCAUGACAUAUUUACAAGAAAUAAAAAAGCAUAACACACUCAUUAAAACCUUAUUCAUUUAGCCAUAAUAAUUGAAGUUCUGUGGCGGAUUGGUUACUUUCAAUGUUACACAACAGCUUGGUACUUGGUAAAAUAGUGUUGGGGAAAAAAAUCUGAAAACAUCAUUUUGACGCUUUAUUUCACAAACCUUAAAUGCACAGUCACAGCAGUUCAGUAUAAAAUGUAGUGGAAAAAGGUAUAAAUGUCUAUCGAUACCAAUUUUCUGAAAAUAUCUGUGGUAAUACAGGGCAAGCUUAAUUCUAUGUCUGCCUUUAGCCAAUGUUUCCCAACUCGUAUAGUUUUUAGUAGAAGUUGUGCUUGCAUAUUAGUUGUAAUUAUCCAUCACAACAGGGACAGCGUGGUUCUAAACCCGUUCUAAUGUAGCAGUUAAAUAGGAAGUGCUGAGACUUGGUUCACUGUGUUGGUCUGUCUUGUGUGAGAGGCAGCAAGCUUAGAAAUCUGCUUGCAAUGAAGCCUGUGAGUGCAGUCUGACCUAUCAGCAAUGGCUGCCCCUUCCCCAGUGCGGGGUAGCCAACAAGGCUUAGCUGUGCUGGUAUCCUUGCCUUUCCCUUGUCCCUUAUUUCUGUCUCUUUAAACCCUGCAAUUUAAUGCUUGCUGGCUAAGCUUUCCGAUGCAUGUGCUUUGAUUCUUGGUCCAAACUUGCCCCAUGGAAUUUUACAUGGCACAUCGUAGUUGGAAUUUUAUGCAUUUGUGAAACAGUGAGCGAAAUUGUGUGUAUGUUUUAAGUUUCUCUCUGUGGCCUCCACUGGACUUGCAGCUGUCCUGUUAUAAUAACAACGAAGGCGCCAAAUAAAACCACGGACGAAGGAAGGAUACACGAGACAACCAUGUAGGCGCACUAACAAACUAGUGGUUUUAUUUGGCGCCUUCGUUGUAAUCAUGCAUAACCAACUCGCCCACCAGCACAUGCUCACUGUUAUGAUAAACUGUCUCCUUUCUCAUGUUAUUGGCUGCAUAAACAGUCGAUUCUGGUAAAAAAGAAGAUCUGAUGUGCUGUCAGCAACUGUGUUCAAACAAUAUGAGCUGGUUUGAGCUGGUCACUGUUACAUGAGUAGCUUGUUGUCUCGUGGACCAUGUAGGGCAUUGUUACAACUGAAUCUGCAGUUCCUUUUUAAGUUCUGCUAAGUCAUUUGCUUUCGGGCGCGAAGCAAGAGCGUUUAAUUUCUUUUUUUCCCCCUUGAAUGAAUUACUCUGUGCAUGUUUUGUUCUCAAGAGGCUGAAUAAAUGAUUUCAUUUA